AUGGAAGAAAAAAUUAAAGAAGAGCUUGCAACACACAAAAAGUAUCAAUUACUUGUGCCAGAUCUAGAUAUUCAAACCCGAUGGAAUAGCACUUAUUUAAUGUUAAACAAAUUUUUACAAAUGAGAAUUCUUUUAGAUAUUCUUGUAGCUAAACAUCGAGAUCUUUUACCAUUAUAUUUGCAAGAAAAUAAUUGUGAUAAACUUAAAAUAAUGAUAAAUAUACUUCGUCCAAUUUUUGAUGCAACUGAAAUCUUAUCCACUUCAACAUAUCCAACUAUAAGUGAUGUUAGAUUAACUAUCUUUGGAUUAAUUCGUCAUCUUAGUCCUUUUUUAGAAAGUACUUCUUCAGAAGAUCGUUUAUUUGUUGAGUCUAUUAAUUCUAAACUAAAAGAAUAUUGGAAUUAUAUUGAAGAAUCAACAACAAUAAGUACAUUAUUAGAUCCACGAUCAAAAACAAAAACAUUUACUACUACUGAGCAACGUGAAAAAGCUAUAAACAUAUUACAAAAUCAAAUGAAAAAUUAUAGUAAUCAACAUAAUCAUAUAGUUUCAAAUAUACAAAAAAGUAAACGAUUUUUUUUUGAAUCACUUUUAACUGAACAAAGCAGUAGCCCAUCUAUUGAAGAUGAAAUUACAAGGUAUAUUGCGGCACCUGUAACUUCUGAUGCUAAUCCCUUAACCUGGUGGCACCAUUAUAAAGGAUCAAGUGUUCCAUCUGAGCAAGCAUUUUCAAUAGCUGCUAAUGUAAUUACUAAGAUACGUUGUAAUUUAAAACCAGAAUCAGCUCGUGCUGUAAUGCGUUUAAAAAGUUGGAUCCCCAAAGUUCGUGAUAAGCAUGAUAAAGAAAAUGAUUUAGAUAUCGAAAUUUUAUCUGAAUCAUAA